CUCUGCUCUGCCAGCUGCACCCCGGGCUGCCCGGGGGCUGCAGGGCGGCCAGCUCAGCCCCGGCUCGGCCUCCCUGCACUUCCGCCGUCUCGAGCGAGGCCCCGCUGGCCUGGAAGAUCGUCUGUGUGCCUGGUGCCAGGGCCGCUCCCCUGGGGACCUGCUUCCCCAGCAGCCUUCCAGGCUGGGGGCGGCACUGCGAGGGGCCGCUAAGGCCCAGUGCUUAGCAGCCAAGUGUCUGAAGAAAGCCAGAGGCUAG